CCAACUCCUAUCUUCCGAUAGUUGUUGAUCCCGAACCCUUCUCCCAACUCCUCAUCUCACGGGCCUUCUCCAUCCAACUCCUCUCCGGCGAACCACUCCUCUGAACUCUCUCCAUCAAGACCACACCUUCGUCAAGCGGCAGAUCCCGGUGCUGAGGUGAUCAACCACGACAGAUCGACCCCUCUCUUCGCCUCCUUCGCCCCCGACGAAGGUAUGUUGCUACCGCUGUUUUUCUUGGGGCCUAAAAUCGAAGUCUCGUUAGGGGAAUUCGGAACCUUCGGCAGCCUCUCUUCCCUCCGGCGAACGUUCACUGCGCUUAGGGUAGAGCAGGCGCAUCAACUCUCUUCUUCAUCUGCAUCGCCAAGAUACCCUUUGCUCAGCCGAUUCCCUUGCUAUUGGGUUCACCUGCAAGUAAUCCUCGCGCGCUGAUCUCUUCUCGCUAUCAGAAGGCUUCAAUCAUGAGACAAGAGUGCAGAAAGCAAGAGAGCAUGCUUACAGUGCAUAUAGAACCAAACAGCAAGGCCAGAAGAAAUGAAGAGAGAAGUCUAUUUUGAUUGUGUUGCCAAUUAUAUCACAAAGAUAUGUACAACGACAAUACUGCAAGCUACUUGAAAUUAUUUCACAGAUGACUAGACUUUUGGACAUACUGGAAGAUUACUUGCUAUAUCGUGGUUACCAAUAUUGCCGGAUUGAUGGGAAUACUGGGGGAGAAGAACGGGAUGCUUCCAUUGAAACAUUUAAUCAACCUGGAAGCCAAAAGUUCAUUUUCUUACUUUCUACAAGAGCUGGUGGAUUAGGAAUUAAUCUUGCUAUAGCAGAUGUUGUCAUUCUCUAUGAUAGUGACUGGAAUCCACAAGUUGAUUUGCAAGCACAGGAUCGUGCUCAUAGAAUUGGGCAAAAGAGAGAAGUUCAAGUGUUCCAUUUCUGUACUGAGUUUGCAAUUGAGGAGAAAGUGAUAGAGAGAGCAUACAAGAAGCUUGCACUUGAUGCCUUGGUUAUUCAACAAGGACGAUUAGCAGAACAGAAAAAUUUGGUGCUGAAAUGGUUUCUAGCUCCAAGGACAGUACAGAUGAGGAUAUCGAUCGUAUCAUAGCUAAAGGAGAAGAAGCGACUGCUGAACUUGAUGUGAAAAUGAAAAAGUUUACAGAGGAUGCGAUAAAGUUUAAGAUGGAUGGCAGUAUGCUGAUUCCUUUUUGAUAGCAAUUCCUAGAUAUUUCCUUGGAUGACUUAUGUAAUUUCUAUUUUUUGUUACAGCUGCUGACUUGUUACGCGGUCAGAAUUCUAUUAUUUUGGUAUGAGUUUGAAAUCAUUAGCUGAGUUGAUUAUAUGUAAAA